AUGGUAUCAGUCGUCGGCGUCGAUCCUAGCCUUGUUACAGCCACCGUUUGUUGUCCUCCCAAUCAUAAAAUUUCGUCCUCCUUGUUGCAGCGUUGCUCCAUUGAAUUGUUGCACCCUUUGCAAUGCCGUCCUUAUCGCAGUGCUGUUCAUUUUGCAUCGCAACACAACCCUGUCCUAGACUCAUCCUCCUUGUUGCGUAAUCACAACGCUUAUCUUCUCCCAGUACUUCUCUCAUCACAACGGCAGUCCUUCCUCGCUGUUUGGUCACUGUUCUGCCAACCCGGUCUCCCCUCGUCUCCUUCCAACUUGGUUUCCUUGUCCAUUACUUGUCAUCGUCUAAAUGGUGAGAAUUAUAUUGCCUGGUCUCAAUCCGUGCGUUUGUUCAUCACCAGCCGCCAAAAACAGCAAUAUCUCUCGGAUAAUAUGCCAAUCCUUAAUCCCUCUAAUCCCCAAUACGACAAUUGGCUCACCGAGAACACCACAAUCAUGUCGUGGCUCCUCAACUCUAUGUUGCCUGACAUUAACGCGAACUUCAUGUUCUACACCACCGCCUCGAAAAUCUGGAAUGCUGCCAAGGAGACAUACUCCAAUCAGGAAAACUCAUCCUCUUUGUUUUCCAUUGAAUGCCGGAUCAAUGACUUGAAGCAGGGCGAUCUUACUGUUAUGGAAUACUUCACUCAGCUGUCUCGCUUAUGGCAGCAAAUUGAUCUGCUCGAAACUCCAGCUUGGCAAACUGGUGUAGAUGCCAAACUCUACAAAGGGUUGCUUGAAAAACAACGUAUUUUUCAAUUCCUGUCGGGGCUGUCCGUCUCUCUUGAUGAUAUCCUUGGUCGGAUUAUGGGCAUCAGGCUUCUUCUGUCUCUUCACGAGGUGUUCUCUGAGGUCCGCCGCGAAGGAAGUCACCGCUCUCUGAUGCUUCCUCCAUUCGUUGAAAGUUCUGUCUUAAAUACUCAUUCAUCCGGUGACACCCGUGUCAAGAAAGGUCGUCCCUGGUGCGAUCAUUGUCGGAAACCUGGCCAUGUUCGUGAUAAAUACUGGAAGCUACAUGGUCGUCCGACCAACUGGACUCCAUCAAAAUCUUCCUCGUGUCUAUUCCACGGUAACUUUGUUGUAACAACAUUGGAAGGUGGUUCAUUUUCUCGUCAAUAG